AUGCCGACAAGGGGAGGGGGGGUGCCAGCAGGAUAGUGGGGAGAGGAUGCCGGCCGCGUCGGUGGGAGAGGGGGAGAGAGGCGACCGGCGUGACAUCGUUGGCGGUGAGAAAGCGCAGGGAAUGAGCCAUAAGGAGGUGGCAACAGCGGCGGUGGCUGGAGGGGGCAAGGCAGCGGGUGCGGAGGGAUCUUCAUCUGCAGGCGACAGCGGCGGAGCUCCGCCGCCGCAAGCACCCUGUCGAGGCCGACGGUUACCCACAACCAUCCUCCGAUCUGCUCCGUCUUCAUCGUCGAUGCCGCCCCCACGCGCCACCCUGGAUCUGCCUCGCCCGGUCCGCCCAAGGACCUUCACCACUUCCUCCGUCGCUUCCGUCUUGGACUCCUCCCGAUGCGCCGGCCUUGGCUCUCCACCGAUGGCUGCUCCGCCCCUCAGCCCUCCUCUUUCUCCUCUCCCGUCGGCGCGGUCGGCCGCCUCUCCCCUCGCUAGCUACUCCGCACGCCGCCGCUACCACAACCCAGGAGUACAAAACCAUGGUGGAUGUCCGCGCGGGGCGGCGGCGGGCGAGCGUGGUAGCGGGCAGUGGGAAAGGGGGCAGAGAGAUGGCCGCAGUGGCAUGUGCGCGUUGGUGCGGCGACAGAGCUCGACCGGCUGCCUCGCCCCAAUUUGCCACUGACAACCUCCUUGAAGAGGAGAAAAUAAGAAAAAAGAAAGAGAUGUGGGCCCCAUAUCUUUCUUCUCACUUCACUUACAUGUGGGACCCACAUUGUUUUUAGUUUUAUUUGCCACAUCAGUGAAACCAAGCAUUUGUACUGCUAUGUGACUUAAAUUGUAUGGUUGGGUGAAAAUUCCUGGUAUUAAAGAUAAGAAAUGUCAAUCAAA